AUGGGCGACCUCUCAACCCAAGUAAUCCUUGACAUAGCUUCUCAUCCGGAAAUUAUCGAGCCGCUGAGAAAGGAGAUGAUCGAAUCCUUGAGUGAAGGGGGGUGGAAAAAGAACUCACUCUACAAAUUGAAGCUUUUAGACAGCGUCAUCAAGGAGAGUCAACGCAUGAAGCCCAUCGCUUCUAUCAACAUGAACCGUAUAACAACCGCCAACGUUACCCUCUCUGAUGGCACCUUUAUUCCCAGGAACACCUCAACCGCUGUUUCCAGCCACCGCAUGUGGGAUCCCAGCGUCCACACUAACCCAGACCAGUGGGACGGCUACCGUUUCUACAACAAACGUCAGGAGCCUGGACAAGAAAACUUGUCACAGCUCUGGAAGGGUCGAUGA